UUGCUGUCUUGUCGUGAGCGGAGUCAGACAUGGCUGCUUCCUUAUGGUCCAAAAGGCUGUUCGCUUUUUUACUAAUAUGCCCUCUUUGUGCAACGGGGUUUUUGAAUUUAGAAGAGCUAAACGAGAUGAAAUAUGGAAUUCAAAUUCUCCCCGAUCCCGUCAUUUUGGGACAGACGAAGGCCGAGGAGGUGAUGAUGGUGUCUAAUAAGUUUAAGCAGAUGUACGAGUGUCGUCUUCCUGCUCAGGCGGUUCGAUUCCAUCAAGACCCAGCCUCAGAGCCAGAGACACAGAGCUACAGCGGCCCUGACAUCCCACAGCUCCUCAGCCCCAUGCAGGAGGCCCCCUGUCUGGUCAAGACAAAGGACUGGUGGACGUACGAGUUCUGUAAUGGAAAACACAUCAGACAGUACCACCUUGAAGACACAGAAAUCAAAGGCGAUGUACUUUUCUUGGGUUACUACGAGUCUGAUUUUGACUGGAGCAAUGAAACCGCAAAGGCUUCUAAGCAGCACAGACUGAAGCGGUACCACAGUCAAACUUAUGUGAACGGCUCCAAGUGUGACCUCAAUGGGACUCCAAGAGAGGCAGAAGUCAGAUUCAUUUGUGAGGAGGGUUCAGGAGACUUCAUUGCUCGUGUGGAUGAGCCUCAGUCCUGCAGAUACGUCCUGACGGUGCACACAGGACGUACCUGUCAGCACCCUCUCCUCAGACCCCCUUCCACUGCCAAACCUCAGAGCAUCCUGUGCCAGCCUGCCCUCAGCCCACAGCAGUACAUGGACUAUGUCAAGGCCCAAGUCUCGGACACAAAGCGUAAAGUGGAGCAAAUCUCUGAGGAGCUGAGGAGUCUGGACGAGAUUCUGGGCAGUGACGAUGAGACACCCGAGGGGGCAGUGAACUCACUUCUGGAGUCAACGCAGGACAGUGAACCACUUAUGCAUGAAGAUAUAACUGAUGCGUCUGAAGAAGAGGAAGACUCAGAAUUCUGGGAUGGAGUGAAAAAGAAAAGAACGGCUCCUAAAUCAGAGGAAACUGAGGACACACAGAUUACAAACAAUGAAGUAAUAGAUGGUGAAGAAGUAGAGCAGUUUAACUUUAAAAUCAUCACAGAUCCUGCAGAUCUGAUGAAAUUCGUUCAGCAUCUGAAAGAAAGUAACAGAAAGAAAGCACAGAAGCAGUUGGAGAAACAGAAGAGUGUCACAGAGGAGGACAAAGAUGAAGAUGAGCGAUUACUGGAGGAGUUUGAGGAGGAAAUAAAUGGCCUCACAGUGCCCUCUGAUAAAAUAGAGGGAAUAAAAGAUGAAAUUCAGAAAGAAUUUGACAACAUUAUAGAUGAGGCGCAACAAGAAUUAGAAACAGAGGGUCUUAAAGGGGAGUUUGACCGCUCUCAGGCCACACAGGCUUUAGAAACAACGCUGGACAAACUGCUUGACCAUUUAGAAGAUAAAGAGGGGCAGGAGCAGGACCAGCAGUCACCAGCAGGGGGCGGACAGAGAGGCAACGACCCUACCCGAGGGAGCCCCAGUCUAGCACCCAAACACCCAGAACAAGCAGCAGAGGACCAUGUUAAGAUCAAAAUUACUAAGUACAAAGCGGGCAGCAGGCCAGAUGACGGAGAGGUCAAAGUUCAGGAGCUGGGUGAAGGCGAUCCACAGUGGAAACACAUAAAGGACGUGGUUAAAGAGCAGCUAGAGAAGGCAGGACUCAAGGCCGAAGGUAAAAUUGAAGUUAAAAUCUUGACUCGUAAAAAUGCAGAUGAAGCAGGAGACCAGUGGCUGACAGAAGAAGAUACAAAGUCCUUCAGGGAGCUACUCAUAAAUCUCCUGACUGGUGGCACAGAGGAGGUGUACAAAGAACAAAAGAGGCAGCAGGAGCUAGAGGAUAAUUACAGGUUUGUGUGGGGCCAGUCAAAAGAGGAGAGCCAGACUUCCAGCUCCUCUGAUUCAGAAGACAUGGACAUCUGAGCUCAAACAAGCCUGACAUUCUAUAGUAAACUCCUGUGGAGAAGAGAGACUGUGAAAUGCUGCCUCAAAUAAUAAUAAUAAGGAGAACCAACUUUGUGUAAUUUUUGCAACUGAUAAUUGUAAUUUGUAGCCUGGUCAGUCAAUCUACCUGAUUUUUAGUGUCUUAAAAACAUAAACAGGUUUGCAGUUAAGUUAUGCCUCACUUUCCUUAUGCUUUCUGAGCAUCCAAAUUAUUCACCACAAUGAGUUAAUAAGCACAUCUCACUACUUUCAGUUCAUCUGAACUGGGGUAAAACUAAUUUUGCUUAACUACACAAAAUAAUUCUAUACAACCACUUAAACAAAAAUAUUUAGUCACAGUUUUCGAGCAAUUUCAUGUUUUGCUGACCACAGUUACUUAUAAAAAUGUAAUAUAAAAGUAUUUAAUAAUGACUAAAAUUACAGAUAUUUUAAAUCCAACUAAAAUCACAAGGGGGCCUGACUAUAUGGAUUUAUUUGUAUUAAAAUGACUUGACCAGGCUAUAACUGAUAGGAGUUCAUACUUUUGCACAAGAUUAUUGUGAGUCUUGCAACUACAAUGUGUGUUUUUAAUUAGGCACUGUAAACAUGUAUGCUAUAUCCUUUUGGAGCUGGUUUUGAGAGACUCUGAGCAACUAAGGGAAACUUCCACGUUUAAUUGAGUUAAGUUGAAUAAUGUUUUGUCAAACUGUUAUAGACAGUGAAAUCUGCUUCUAUAGGGCUAACUGUUUAUGCAGCAGAAAUUUUACAUUUUUUGUACAGAUUAUUUAUUGAUAGUUUGUGGUGUCAUCAUGCUGGGGGUGUUCUACGUGUAUGUGUAUUGGUGGAAUGUUCACUAGUUACCAUGGUGACACAAUGCACACAUUAGCAAACACUGCCAAAAAAGGUUUUAAAAUACAACAUACAUGGAUUUAAAUAACACAUUUUCAGGAACCUGUGGUCAAUACAAGUGUUGAUGAUCCUGUUAAGGACUUUGAUUUUCAACAAAAAGGUGAGAAUGACAGAAACACUGUUGGCUAAUGCUAGCUAGAUUGUGACUGUAAUGUUAUUUAAGAGAGAUGAGUUUAACAGCACAAAUCAAUGUUGUAAUUCCAACUAAAUUGGGUCUCUUUGGCCAGAUUGUGCUAAAAAGAUAUAAAGUUCAGAUUAAACACAGAGCUGUGCCUACAGUUAUCAUCACACCCCCAGAGAAUGUUAAGAACAUCAGCUGCAAAGUAUCAAUAGAUAAAAAAAAAAUUAAAAAGUUUAAUUUCUUUCUCUCUUAUACAUUUUCUGAAACAUUUCAAAUUGUUUAUAUUCCCUGUUAAAACUUCAUUGUAAAUUUGCAAGAAAAACAUUUCAUUGUUGGCCUAUUGUUGGUUAUAGCCAAACACUGUAUUUAAUUUAUUAAAAUAAGCACAGUUUACAAUCAUAUUUUGUGUUUGUAAUAUGACUUUCUUCAUUGUAUCAGUAGAGGAUUGUAACUACUCACUUUUCUAAAAGCAUUGUACAUUACAGCUUUACAAACUAUUGAAUAGGUUUAGGUUACCAAUGUCCUAAAUUAAGUUUUCCCAGGUGGUCAACGCCAAAUCUAAAGGUCUUUGUGCUGCGUUGUAAAUGAUCUCCAUUUGUGUGGGAUAUCGAUUUAAAGGGCACAGUAAAUGCUUUUUUCAAUAAAGUGGACACAUUUC